AUGUCACAUUCAUUUCUAUUUCAUGUAUCCAAAACUAUUCCUCACUCGCGAAUAAACCCUUCAUUGUUCUCAGCUUGCAAUAUUGUGGAUCGUCAUUCAACCAUUCCACGGAGGAAAUUCAGUACAGCAUUGAGACGCGUUGCUCCGAUUACGUUAUGGGGUGGUGAAUCCCUUGUACGCACUCUACGAUCGAGUCCUUCACGCUCUGUACUUGUCAAGAUACGACCUGUUCAUGUGAAUGGUGAUCAUGGUGACAUGGUAUCAUCUGAACGAGCCUCCAUGUUAUUACGAGAACAAGACCCAAGCGAUAUCCCACAUGAUGAUGGUGUUCAUGGAAAUGGAGGCAAUCAACAAAAUGGUGGUGGCGAUCAUGGUGAAAAUGGUGAAGGUGGUGGCGGUGGCGGCGAUGGCAUGGAACGACCACCUGGAUUUCAAUCGAUCGACAAUCAGCUACAAAAGCCAACAGUCCCCGAGCAUUAUCCACAGGUGCUUGCAUUGCCCAUUGCACGACGUCCUCUCUUCCCAGGCUUCUACAAGGCUGUUGUUGUCAAGGAUGCACAUGUCACAUCAGCUAUCAAGGAUUUAUUGAAACGUGGUCAACCCUAUGUUGGUGCUUUUUUACUCAAGGAUGAGAAUGAGGAUGUCGAUGUCAUUUCAAAUAUCAACCAGAUCUAUGAUGUCGGUGUCUUUGCUCAGAUAACAAGCAUAUUCCCAGCUGGCAGUAGUGGUCGUACUGGUGCCGAGGAUGAUUCAGGAUUAACAGCUGUACUUUAUCCACAUCGGCGUAUCAAGGCAACGGAUAUUAUUGCACCAUCAUCAUCAACAACAAAGGACCAUGAUGUCACUCCAACCGAGUCAAAGAAUGAACCCACAACACAUGAAAAGUCAAUGGAACAUGAAGAACAAGAGCAUCAACACGACAAAACACCAUAUGCUCCUUCACUCUUGGUCAAAGAUCAUCAAGUAUCCAUUGCCAAUGUCGUCAACCUAUCAGAGCCGUCAUUCUCAAAAAAGGAUCCCACCAUACGUGCUGUCACCUCGGAGAUCGUAUCCGUAUUCAAGGACAUCGCCUCGUUGAAUCCACUCUUCAGGGACCAGAUUGCUAGUUUCUCCAUGUCACAGUCGGCAGGAAGCGUAUUUGAGGAUCCUGGGAAACUCGCUGAUUUUGCUGCUGCCGUUUCAGCCGCUGAACCUGAGGAAUUGCAACAAGUCUUGGAGACAUUGCCAGUAGAGGAACGGCUUCAAAAGGCAUUGUUGGUAUUGAAAAAGGAGCUGAUGAAUGCACAAUUGCAAAGCAAGAUAUCCAAGGAGGUUGAAAGCAAGAUUGCAAAGCGACAACGCGAGUAUUAUUUGAUGGAGCAGCUCAAAGGGAUCAAAAAGGAGCUUGGAUUGGAGAGUGAUGGCAAGGAUAAGCUGGUACAAGGAUUCCGCGAGCGCGCACAAAAAUUGUCAAUGCCUGAUCAGGUGGAAAAAGUGGUCAAUGAGGAAAUUGUCAAGCUUGAGCAUCUUGAACCAGCAGCAUCUGAAUUCAAUGUCACCCGCAACUACCUCGAUUGGCUGACUCAAAUACCUUGGGGUCAACGUUCCAAAGAGAAUUACAACAUCUAUCAUGCCAAAAAGGUGCUUGAUGAAGAUCAUUAUGGAUUGAAGGACGUCAAGGAUCGUAUUCUCGAAUUUAUUGCAGUGGGCAAAUUACGUGGUUCAGUGGAAGGCAAGAUUUUAUGUUUGGUUGGACCUCCUGGUGUUGGCAAGACAUCGAUUGGCAAGAGCAUUGCGAGAGCACUUGACAGGGAGUUUUAUCGUUUCUCAGUGGGUGGAUUGGCCGAUGUUGCAGAGAUCAAAGGUCAUCGUCGUACCUAUGUUGGUGCUAUGCCUGGCAAAGUGAUUCAAGCUCUGAAAAAGGUGCAAACGGAGAAUCCACUUAUUCUCAUUGAUGAGAUUGAUAAAGUGGGUCGUGGCAACCAAGGUGAUCCUUCCUCGGCUUUAUUGGAGUUAUUGGAUCCUGAGCAAAACAACAGCUUCCUUGACCAUUACUUGGACGUGCCUGUCGACUUGUCAAAGGUGUUAUUCAUGUGCACUGCCAAUGUUCUUGAUACAAUCCCAGCUCCUUUGCUCGAUCGUAUGGAGGUUAUUCAGCUAUCAGGGUACAUUGCAGAAGAAAAGGAGGCUAUUGCAGAACGCUAUCUUGCACCCGCAGCCAAGAUAGCAGCUGGUCUCGAGAAUGUCAACGUGGACCUUACCAAAGAAGCCAUUGAUCAAUUGAUUAAGCACUAUUGCCGUGAAAGUGGUGUACGCAACCUGAAAAAGCAGAUCGACAAGGUGUAUCGAAAGGCAGCUUACAACAUUGUUGACCAGCUGGGUGAGGGCAAGUUUGAACAAGAGCAAGGUGAUUCUCCCAAAGUCUUGUCUGGUGAUAAGCGAUCCAAUGAUCCAAUAGUGGCAGAAAAGGAAUCACCAGAAAAGGAACCAGGACAAGAAAAGACACAUGAAGAAAGGAAGCCAUUGCACGUGCCUAGCGACAUCAAGCUUGAUAUCACACCCAAGAAUCUCAAGGAUUAUGUUGGCCCUCCCGUUUUCCAGACUGAUCGAUUGUAUGAGACAACUCCACCAGGCGUGGUAAUGGGCCUUGCAUGGACAAGCAUGGGAGGAUCCGCACUUUACGUCGAAUCUGUUCUAGAAUCAACAUUGACGCCCAGGUCGUUGCCGCAUUUAUCAAAGACGGGUCAACUAGGAGAUGUCAUGAAGGAGUCUGGAAGCAUCGCAUACACAUUUUCCAAAUCAUUUGUUGCUCAUCGAUAUCCCAAAAACCGCUUCUUUGACAAGGCCAAGGUUCAUCUUCAUUGUCCUGCUGGUGCUGUUCCUAAAGAUGGACCUUCGGCGGGUAUUACAAUGGCAACUUCACUCUUAUCUCUUGCUCUGGAUCAACCCAUUUCUCCGGACAUUGCCAUGACAGGAGAGCUCACAGUAACUGGAAAGGUGUUGCAAAUUGGAGGGCUCAAGGAAAAGACGAUCGCUGCCAAACGAUCCAACGUCAAGACGAUCUUGUUCCCAAAGGAUAACCAGGCUGAUUGGGAUGAGUUACCGGAUUAUGUCAAGGAAGGGAUUUCGGGUAUUCCUGUGGAUACUUUUGAAGACGUGUACAAGAUAUGCUUUGGAAAUGUGGACAAGGAAAAAGCUGAGCACGUAUGGGAUUCAGUAUUGCCAGAAGAAGAAAUGCGUAAACAGGAUCAACUUUUAGAAGAGAAGGUAGAAGAGCACGAUCAUUGA